CAGAGAGAUGACCAGAGACUGAGGACAGACAUAGUACAGGAGAUGACCAGAGACUGCGGACACAGUACAGGGGAUGACCAGAGACUGCGGACACAGUACAGGGGAUGACCAGAGACUGCGGACACAGUACAGGGGAUGACCAGAGACUGCGGACACAGUACAGGGGAUGACCAGAGACUACGGACACAGUACAGGGGAUGACCAGAGUCUGCGGACACAGUACAGGAGAUGACCAGAGACUGCGGACACAGUACACAGUACAGGAGAUGACCAGAGACUGGGACUUCCACUAUUUGACUCAUGAAAUUGUCCUGCAAUACGUUCAAGAAAGGACA